AUGGCUUCCGGCUUUGGCCUCAACGGCGGUCCCUCCCGCUGCUUCCCCUUCUGGCAGGAAGUCCUCGCCUGCUAUGUGACCAACAGCAACGUCGACAGCCCCAACGCCAAGGGCAAGUGCCUGGCCCCGCUCGACGACUACUACGAGUGCCUGCACCACAAGAAGGAGCACGCCAAGACCUUCGCCAUGCAGGCUGCCCUGCGCAAGGCUGAGGCAGAGGGCGGCGCGGCCCGCGACGGCGAGCGCAAGCCCGAGGACGUCAAGACGCUGGGCCUGCUGCCCGGCGGCCCCGAGGAGAAGAACCUCAGGCCCGGCAUCAUCCCCGCCAAGAAGCCGUCCAUGUUCUAA